AUGUUUCGCAGUAGCACUGAAGAAGUAACUAUCGGUAAUAGCUCGGACAUCGAGCAAAGCUUCGAGUCGCCCGUCGAUCAACCAUCGACCAGUCUACCACCCGUCCGCCAAAGUUCAAGACUGUCCUCGCCAUCAUGUUUGCAUGGCUCUGGUGGAGCUAGUUGCAGCUCGUAUCCAGGGUCGAUCUCUGAUGCAACACCGAUAGGAGUUUUCGGUGCUAAACCAAGAGAUCACAACCUUAGCGAGAGGCGAAGCGUUGCUAGCUUUAUGUUCACAAGUAGAAGUGAUAGUACCGCACGGAGUAGUACCCCCUACCUGAGGAAGACACCCGGCUCGGCUGCACCUGCAACCACUUCAUCCUCUGCAACAUUCACUCAGGCUGCGUCAGUUAUUGUGGCUGUGGUUGAGGGCCGUGGUCUUGCUAGGGGAGAGAUAGGCAUGGCCAGUUUCAGUCUGAAGUGCCCUGAACUGGUGCUCUCCCAAUUUGCAGACACUGGAACUUAUGCUAAAGUCAUAACUAAACUCCAUAUCCUGAUGCCACUUGAGAUUGUGAUGUCAGACACGACCAGUGAGAGGGGCCAAGAGAACAAGCUCUACAGUCUCAUAAUGGAAAACUUCUCAUCAGUCUCUUUCACUGCCAUUCAGAGGAAGUACUUUAAUGAGAAGAAAGGACUAGAAUAUAUUCAGCAAUUCUGUGCUGCUGAGUUCACCACUGUACUCAUGGAGGUGCAGAACAAGUAUUAUUGUCUAGCAGCUGCUGCUGCCUUACUGAAGUACCUGGAGUUCCUUCAGAAGUCUAUCUAUGCUCCCAAAUCUCUGAGAGUGACCUUUAGGGGCAGUGAACAAACAGCCAUGAUCGAUUCAGCCUCUGCUAUCAACCUGGAGCUAGUCAUCAACAACAGGGACCACAGGAGCGAGCACUCUCUGCUUGGUGUGUUAAACUACACAAAAACCCCAGGGGGUGAACGGAGGCUGCGGGCUAACAUUUUGGAACCGCUAGCGGAUACUGAUACCAUCAACAUACGACUGGACACUGUACAGGAGCUGCUGGAAGAUGAGGAGCUUUUCUUUGGAUUGAAGAGUGCUAUUGCACACUUCCUAGACAUAGACCAGCUGCUUUCUGUCCUUGUCCAGUUCCCCAAACAAGAGACGAUGAAUGUGGCAGAGGCAAAGAUACUGCAGGUCAUUCAGCUGAAGCAAACGUUGGAAAUGGUAGAGCCGUUGAAGGUAGUACUGAAGAACAGCAGAACCGCUCUGUUGAAAGCCUAUGCUGCAUCACUGGAGGAUUACAGAUUUGAGAGGAUCCUGGAGGAGAUUAAGAGAGUGAUAAAUGAUGAGGCCUACGGCACAAAGAACUCUCUAAACAUGCGCACUCAGAAGUGCUACGCCGUGCGGCCUAACAUCAACGAAUUUCUGGACAUCGCCAGACGGGCCUACACCGAGAUUGUAGAUGACAUAGCAGGGUUGGUCAAUCAAAUCGGAGAAAAGUAUGGCAUACCCCUGAGGACUAGCUUUAGCACGACACGUGGAUUCUUUAUGCAAAUGAAGCUGGAUGGUGUGGCCUUACCUGAUGGACAGCUCCCAUCAGAGUUCAUUAAAGUUACCAAAUACAAGAACAACUACAGCUUCACGACUCUAGACCUGAUAAAGAUGAAUGACCGCUGUGAUGAAGCUCUGAGAGAGAUCUAUCAUGUGUCGUAUGUGGUGAUUUGUCAGCUGCUGAGUGUGGUUCAUGAACACAUCCACUGCCUGUAUAAACUCUCUGACGCUGUGUCGAUGCUUGACAUGCUGCUCUCACUUGCAAUGGCCUGCACUGUCUCAGAGUACGUGCGUCCUGAGUUCACCGAUACUCUGGCCAUCAAGCAGGGUCGUCAUCCUAUCCUGGAACGCAUUGCUGGGCAGCAACCCAUUUCCAACAACACCUACAUCUCCGAGGCUGGCAACUUUGUCAUCAUCACAGGCCCCAAUAUGAGUGGCAAGUCCACCUACCUUAAACAGGUUGCCCUCUGUCAGAUCAUGGCUCAGAUAGGGUCAUUUGUGCCUGCUGAGUAUGCCUCCUUUCGUAUUGCUGACCAGAUCUUCACCAGGAUAGGAGUCGACGAUGACUUUGAGACCAACUCAUCGACGUUUAUGGUUGAAAUGAAAGAGAUAUCCUACAUAAUCCACAACGCAAGUGAUAGAUCGCUCAUUAUUAUCGAUGAGCUUGGGCGUGGCACCAGCACUGAGGAGGGCAUUGGCAUUUGUCAUGCCAUCUGCGAGUACCUUCUCAAACUGAAGGCCUUCACUCUCUUUGCCACACAUUUCCUCGAGCUGUGUCAGUUAGAAACUCUCUACUCUAAUGUGGAGAACCAGCACAUGCAGGUCCAGCAUAGCCGUUCAGGAGAGUCGGCCAGAGAGACGGUGGUGUACACUUACGUGCUGAGCCGUGGCUGCUCGGGGGAGCGCAGCUACGGUAUCAGAGCAGCAGAGAUGACAGCAAUGUCUCCCAGCAUUAUCCAAGAAGCAAAGAUUAUUGCAGCCAAAAUCAACCAAAAGUUAUGGGCUAAAAAUUAUAGCGAUCCUGCUACACGUCAGCAGAGGGCAGUGCACAAUCUUGCCACUAGAUUGUUACAAACAGCCAGGAGCUCCCGGUUAGACCAGGAAAGCCUGCGUCUCUACUUGAAAGGCUUGAAGAAACAAUAUGAGGCAGAGAUACAGAUGGCAAGAGACACUGUGGAAAUGAACACAGAGGAGUGA